AUGGUACUCAUUACUUACCUAAUAGGGACUCUGUCCCUACUGCUCACCUCCUUGCACCCGGCCGUGGCCGCUGAAUCCAAGUAUGUGGUGGUCGAACAACUGAGUAGAGUACCCGAUGGAUGGACACAAGGCGUUGACCCCUCGCCAUCCACUCCGAUGAAGUUUUGGCUGGCGAUACACCAUGACAACAAGGCUGGGUUCGAACAAAAGGUCAUCGAGAUCUCGACGCCCGGCCAUCACAAGUAUGGACGCCAUAUGAAGCGCGAUGAAGUCAGAGCAUUCAUGCGCCCAUCCGAUCAAGCUUCAACAAAGGUUCUUGCUUGGCUAGAGUCGGAACAUGUUCCCUCUGACUCGAUCGAAAACCGUGGAGAUUGGAUCACAUUCACAGUAUCUUUGUCGCAGGCCCAGGCAAUGAUGCGGACCGACUUCCACACUUUUCGCUACAAGGGGUCGGGUGCGACGCAGAUCAGGACACUCGAGUACUCUGUCCCCGCGGACAUUCAUCCGUACCUUCAACUGAUCCAACCAACGACUCGAUUCGGGAAGCCUAAGACGCAGCAGAGCCCCCCGAGCCUUCUACCGGUAACGCUCAGCAUCGAAGAUCUCAGCAAAAAUUGUUCGGUAAUCAUGAAGCCAGAAUGCCUUCGUCAACUUUAUGGGAUCUAUGACACGAAGGCGACACCUGAUCCGGCCAACACCCUCGGGGUUUCCGGUUACUUGGACCAGUACGCGCGGUACAGUGAUCUUGAGGAAUUCAUGAAAGUGCUUGCACCGAACGAUACGAACGCCAAUUUCUCUGUUGUGUCGAUCAACGGGGGUCUGAAUCUGCAGAACUCGCUCGAGUCCAGCACUGAAGCAAGCCUCGACAUCCAGUACGCUAUCGCCGUGGCAUAUGAUGCCAAUGCGAUCUACUACACCACUGCCGGACGUGGACCCUCCGUACCGGAAUCGGGAGACCCGGAAACCGAGGAGUCAUCCAACGAGCCUUAUCUGGAGCAGCUGCAAUAUCUCCUGGAUCUACCAGACGAUGAGCUUCCCGCUGUUCUCUCCACGUCCUACGGCGAGGAUGAACAGACCGUCCCGGAGGAAUACAUGCGAGCCACAUGUAGCCUGUUUGCCAAGUUGGGGGCGCGGGGGGUCUCUGUAAUCUUCAGCAGCGGAGACUCCGGUGUGGGGGAAUCGUGCAUUUCGAACAACGGCACCCAAGCUCGGUUCCAGCCCCUAUUUCCGGCAUCGUGCCCUUUUGUUACGGCCGUGGGCGGAACCGAGGGCCUCGACCCGGAAAAGGCCAUAGGGUUCUCGGGGGGAGGGUUCUCCGACGUCUUCACUCGGCCCCCGUACCAGAAUGCGAGCGUAGAGAGCUAUCUUAAGGGUCUGGGAGACCAAUGGGCCGGGCUGUUCAAUCCAGACGGUCGUGGAAUCCCAGAUGUUGCCGCUCAGGCAAGAAAUUAUGCUAUCCUGGACCACGGGACGUGGUUACAAAGUGCAGGCACCAGUGCUGCUACCCCCGUCUUCGCGGCGAUUGUCUCGCGACUCAACGCGGCACGGCUGGCGCAGGGGAAACCCAAGCUGGGGUUCCUCAACCCGUGGCUGUAUUCGCUGAACCAGACUGGGUUUACGGAUAUCGUAGACGGAGGAUCGGUUGGCUGCGACGGGCUGACUGGAGCGUUGGUUCCGUACGCGAGUUGGAAUGCCACCAAGGGGUGGGAUCCAGUCACUGGCCUCGGGACGCCGUUCUUCCAGACUCUGGAGAAGAUUGCUCAGACCGCUUGA